AUGGGUAUCUGCUGCUCUAGACGAGAUAGUAUAGACGGCACUAAGUUUCGUUAUGUUGAUGGAAGAAGGUAUCAUAAUAUCUCUAAUUCCGAGUAUAUUGGUGCAAAUGAUGAUGAGGAGGCUAAUCGGUUAAUACGAUAUCAUGAAGCGAUAAAAAUUGUUUGGGGAGGAUUGUUCUAUUCACCUAUUGAAGAAAAAUUGGAAAAUGGAGCUAAAGUUAUCGAUGUUGGAUGUGGUGCGGGCGUAUGGCUUUUGGAUAUGGCACAAAAAUAUCCCAACUCUUAUUUUGUAGGAAUAGACUUCUCACCAAUGUUUCCAACAGAAGGUCUUCCUACAAAUUUAACCUUUCUCAAUUAUAAUUUUCUGGAUGGUGCACCUUUCAAUGACUCCUAUUUUGAUUUUGCACACCUAAAAUUUAUGACCGCCUCAUUCACAAAAGUGCAAUGGAAAGAAAAAGUCAUUCCCGAAUUGAUACGAAUAACCAAAUCAGGCGGAUGGAUUGAAUUUAUGGAAUGUGAAAAUGUUAGGACUAAUGGAGUCGCUAUGAAGCGUAUUUCAAAUGGAAUGAAGAAAUUCUUCGAAGAAAAAGAUAUGGAUUGCAUAUCAAACGGACAUCUUCCUCAUCUACUGGAAGAGACCAAUGCUUUCUCAGAAAUUAGAAACGAGAAAAAAUCUAUUACUUUAGGUAAAAAAGGUGGUUAUGCGGGUCAAGAGACACUAAAAUUUUAUAUGAGCGGUAUAAAAAGUGCCCGAAUCCUUAUGUCUUCCUAUAUGGAUAUUAUGCCUGAGCAUUAUGAUGCGCUCGUAGAAGCGGCCUUUAUUGAAGCAGAUAAAUAUGAUAUGUUUAGUGACAAUUUUCGAAUUUGCUGUCAUAAGCUUUAG